CAGAUUAGCCUAGCCUGGGUCAGUUUUAUCUCCCACUCUGUAAGGUCAUUCGAUCCUGUUCAGUUGAUACAAGUGUUGCGGUGAUUUUAUUUAUUAGUAAAAAUGUAUUGUGAACUACCAAAGCUUACUAGGUGCUGCUUCUGUAUGCCUCUAAGACGAGGGCUUUUGAUUUUCGGGUACCUAAACAUAUUGUACUCAAUAUUCAGCGUGCUAAUCUUCACAAUCAGAAUAAUUUCGGAUGGGUACAUAAUGCCCAAUGACGUCAUCGAUAUCUUUGACAUAUGCAUGGAUAUCAGUUUUUAUUGUAUUGACAUUGUUUUCAACAUGGUUUUGAUAUAUGCAGCGCACAGGCAAAUUGUAAGGUAUCUCAAAAUUUUCUACUACUACACAUUGACCGUGUCACUUGCGUUGAUCAUUCUGACCAUAUAUUUCAUGUUUUCAAAACCUUAUUUGGUUGUUGACUAUGUGACACUGGCCUUCGUUAGAUGCUGUUUAAACGUCUACCUAAUCAUUUUGGUGAGAAGUCUUAUGGAAAAAUUGGAAAAUACGUCUGGCCUUACAUAUGAAAAUCAGCUCCAAGAAAUCAUUGCUGGCGAAAUAAAAGAUAGCAACACAGUUUACCCGAGCUUACCUGCUGAAACUGAAUAGGUUUUCGCAUAAUAAAUAAUUUGAGAGUUUUUUCGUUGCCCGGUCUAUGCAAACGUAAUUUGAUUAUCAUUUUGAUAUUUAAAAAAAUCGGUCAAGUGCGAGUCGGACUUGCACACGAAGGGUUCCGUACCAUCGUACAAGAAAUCUCAAACAAGUAUGAUAAAAAUUUAAUGCUCCCACCCCAGUCGACGUCCUAAUCACUAAUAUAGUCUUAUGUAUCUAAUUUUACUUACUUGUUUUUGUAUUUUUUUCCACUUUUAAGUACUUAAUAAAGAGUUCUAACUCUUUUAUGGCGUUAUACUUAAAAUUUUAUGCUUUAUGCGUACAUUAAUGUACAAAAUAAACAGUUAAUAAAUAUCGCAAUCCCCUAUA